UUUGUCUUUUCCACAGCUCAGGAACCAAUGAACAAGUCAGAAGCACACACUGUGACUGAAUUUAUCCUCCUAGGCUUCCCUGGGGACUGGGAGAUACAGAUCUUACUCUUUUCUUUAUUUUUGAUAGUCUAUAUCCUGACCAUGAUAGGAAAUGGGGCCAUCAUCUGUGCAGUGAAGUGGGACCAGAGACUCCACACUCCCAUGUACAUCCUACUGGGGAAUUUUGCCUUCCUAGAGAUCUGGUAUAUCACCUCCACUGUUCCCAGCAUGUUGGAAAACUUCCUCUCAGAGACCAAAACCAUCUCCUUUGCUGGUUGCUUCCUCCAAUUCUAUUUCUUCACCUCUCUUGGUACAACUGAAGCCUACUUCUUAUGCAUCAUGGCUUAUGAUCGUUAUCUUGCCAUCUGCCACCCAUUGCAUUACCCAACCAAAAUGACCUUACAGCACUGUUACACCUUGAUAUCUGUGUGCUGGGUGCUUGGCUUCCUAAGCUAUUUUCUAUCUACUGUACAGAUCUCCCAGCUGACAUUCUGUGGUCCCAACAUCAUUGAUCACUUUAUUUGUGACCUAGAUCCACUCAUGGCUCUAUCAUGUGCCCCUGAUCCUACCACUGAAAUUCUGUCUUAUAUCAUAAGCUCCCUCAUCAUAAUUCUCACUGCAAUCUACAUCCUUGGAUCAUAUAUCCUGUUACUAAGAGCUGUGUUGCAAGUUCCCUCAGCAGCUGGUAGACGAAAAGCCUUCUCCACAUGUGGAUCUCAUCUGGCUGUGGUCUGUCUCUUCUUUGGGAGUCUGAUGAUCAUGUAUGUGAGCCCAACAUCUGACAACUCAGGAGAAGCACAGAAGAUAAUAACCUUGUUCUACUCAGUUGUGACACCAUUUUUAAACCCCCUGAUUUAUAGCCUCCGAAAUAAGGAGAUGAAGGCUGCCCUGAGAAAAGUCAUUGGGAUAUCUUCAGAAUAG